AUGAUUGAAAUAAUAAGUUCAGAUAAUAGCAUUACUUCAGCAUCGGGAGAACAGAAGCAAGAAAAAGUCAAUGUUGCAGUAAAAGCAACGAUUAACACUCUAAACUAUGAUAGUUCAACAUCGGUCUCCGAAAAAACAUCAGCGAUAUCGGUCUUUGAAGGUACUUCACCAGAUGCUGAAAAGUUUUCAGACAACAAUACACCAUGGCAAAAUCCAUCGUAUUUCAGUUCUCGGUGGAAAGAGUAUCUAUUUAUCUUAACAUGCAUGCUAUCAAAUUUAUUGAACCAAGCUGGUCAAACACAAGCUACAUCAACCAUGAAUGUGAUAGGAAGUGCCUUUAACGCAGAUUCCUCUAGCAAAACAUGGCUAAUGGCAUCUUUUCCUCUUGUAUCAGGAUCCUUUAUCCUGGUAAGUGGUAGAAUAGGUGAUAUUUAUGGCUUGAAAAGAACCAUGAUUGGAGGGCUUAUAGUCAUGAUCAUUUGGUCAUUGAUUUGUGGCUUUGCUAACUACUCAAGCAGUGUUACUUUUUUUAUCAUUUGUAGGGCAUUUCAGGGUUUAGGAAUUGCAUUUGUGUUGCCGAAUGUCAUGGGAUUAGUUGGGAAUAUAUACAAGGUCGGGUCUCUUCGAAAGAAUAUUGUAAUUAGUUGUAUAGGCAUGUGCGCCCCUACUGGCGCAGCAUUUGGCGCCUUUUGGGCUGGUUUGAUCGCAACGAAGGCUGAAAAGCAAUGGCCAUGGAUAUUUUAUGCCUAUGCAUUUGCAGGCAUUCUAAAUUUGGUAUUGGCAAUAUAUUCAAUUCCGGAUACUGUUCCUGUAAAUGUACAUGGAUUUUCGAUGGAUUGGACAGGAUCUGUUGUUGGGGUUAUUGGUUUGAUAUUGUUCAACUUUGUAUGGAAUGAGGCGCCAAUAGUUGGAUGGGAAAAAGCUUACAUUAUUGUCCUUUUAAUUUUUUCCCUAUUAAUCAUCGUGGUAUUCUUCAUCUAUGAAAUCAAAUUCGCUAAAUCACCAUUGCUUCCGCAGGCUGUCACACACAAUCACAACAUUAUCAUGAUUCUAUCAGCUAUGUUCAUGGGUUGGGGAUCUUUUGGUAUUUGGACAUUUUAUUACUAUGCAUUCUUAUUGAAUCUAAGAGGAUACACACCAUUAGAAGCAGGUGCUAGCCAUUGUAUGUUCAUUCUAUGGGGAACAAUAGCAGCCUUUACUGUGGCUUUUACUAUCAAAAGAGUAGGCCCUUCAGUAUUACUAUUUUGUUCGAUGGUAGCAUUUACUGUGGGGUCUAUAAUGCUAAGUAUUACACCAGUUCAUCAAACAUAUUGGAAAAUGACUUUCGGUAUGCAAAUCAUUCUUGCAUUUGGUAUGGACCUUUCAUUUCCGGCUUCUUCUAUCAUCCUUAGUGACGCAUUGCCUAUGGAGUAUCAAGGCAUGGCAGGGUCUUUAGUGAACACAAUUGUAAACUAUUCCACCUCUCUGUGUUUAGGAAUGGGUACCACUGCAGAAAUUCAAGUGAACAAAAAUGGUACCGAUCUUUUGAAGGGGUACAGGGCUGCACUUUAUGUUGGAAUAGGUUUGGGAGUUGUAGGCGUUAUUAUUGCUGCCUUAUUUUUAUUCGAAUCUCUUCGGCAAAAACGUGGACGAACUGCAGCGCUAACUGCAAAAAAGGAUAUGAGCUAG